AUGAUGCUACUGCAGACUCACCAGGUGGAACCAGAGCGGGGUUCCAUCCUUCUGGACAAGAAGGACGACACGGCCAAAAGUAUCUUCAAACAGGAAGACCUGGUGAUGGCUUAUGUACCUUUCAAUUUCGGUCAUACAGUGUCGGAGAAGGUUUUGCAGCACGGCAUUCGGUGGGGAGAUUGCGGUUCACGCGACCCUGAAGCAGAUUGCUUGGGGUGGCAAAUCUCCAAUGCUACUGGGUGUAAUCUGAUGUACGUGCCUGGAAAGCUUUGGCCGCUGAAAUCAGCAGAGAGUCACUUCGGAAGUCGCACCAUUUUCGGAAUCCUGCGUGAUCCCUAUGAGAGGAUGGUUGCACAGUUCCGUGGCACCUACCGACUCGAGCACCCUGAGUUGGGCUGUGACGUGGACGCAGGGGUCAAGAAAAUGAUGGAAGAGUACCUAGCAGCCGUCGAAGCUGGCAAUCCUUGGGCCAACAAUUGCAACUAUUUGCCGCAGGCCGAAUUCUUCGACCAACCCUUUGGUGCAACUUUGGCCGUGGACAACCGACGUUUUCCUGAUUCAAUGAACGAGGUCUUUCAGAAACAUGGCUACGACAUCCAGAUCCUCACGGAGGAGGUCGGUCACGUUUCGGGCUGCGAUUCGAAAUGGGCAGCAGAUCUCAGCCCUGAGACCAAAGCCUUGGUUCACAAGGUCUACCACAGGGACUUUGAUUUGAUUUGCAAAGAGUUCGGCUACUGCGACCCCACAGAGAACGUUUGUUUGACACGGGUCCCAGGGAUGUGCCCGCCGCACUUCAAAAAAAGUGCCUCGACGCAUCGCAAAGGGAAGCGUGGGAAUUUUGUGAACGUGGACUUGGCUCAAGUCCGAUCCCGCCUGCACGUGGCGGGAGCAAUGAAGCUGGUUGUUGCCGCAACGCUUGGCCUGGGGGCCACAUUCAAGUUCGGAUUGGAAGGAAUUCCGCCGGCGCAAAACGUCACCAUUGGAGCAAAGGCUUUCGGUUCGCAAAAUUGUCCAUGCAUCGGCUUUGCCGGCGUGGAUGGCACUGCGAUGGUUCGUGUGGGGGAACAUUAUGUGGCCUACCCAGGUGAGCUGGGCAGCCGCUGCGCAGCCUGGGAUGAUGAUCAGCAUCCUGAAAGCUGUCGCGAGGGUCAGAUGCCUGGAAAGGGCAAAGGAUGGUGCAAACAGCCUUGGUGCUAUGUCGAUCCCAGGAACUGUGAUUUGAAGGUUGCGCCAAGAUUGUCUGAGUACGUACCUACGGCAAGAUACCAGAACAUGCCUCUCUUCUAUUCCUAUGCUACUUGUGGCGGCGAGGAGCUUCAAGCAAAGGAUGCCAUGCAGCCUGGCUGCGAGUGCAUUGGAAUUGAGAACAAGGCUGGCAGCAUCAAAGCCAACUUGGAGGGUGUCCCAAUCCGCUAUCCUGGGGAGGCGGGUGGAAGCUGCAAGGCUUGGGAUUUGGAGCAAAAUCCGCUGUGUGCGGUGAAAGGUGCCAAGCCCAGCUUUUGCACACAGAAGUGGUGCUACGUUGAUCCUUGCAAGUGCGGCGUUAAAGCACCGCCGAAAGAGGCUGUUUACUUCAAUGCCACCAUGAGGGGCAAGACCGUCUACUAUUCCUAUGAAGCCUGCGGCUCCAACGACACCUUCACCCUGGGCUAUAACAAGAAUGCUUGUAUCAACGCCAAAGAUGAGAAGGCCUGCGGUUUGCUGCCCAAAUGUGCUUGGAGUGGAUCGAGUUGUUUCGGAAAGGAGUUGGUGGUUCCAGAGCUGUGCAGCGCUGACCAGGUGUACAACGGGACCAAGGUGGAAGACUUGAGGAGCAGCAGCUGGUCGAGGCCAAUGCUCUCUUUGGCUGCUGUGCUGACGCUUUUUUGCUGA